AGAAGAAGCGCCCUCUACCCCACGAUCGACGGAAGACGAAGCAAUGGCCGACGAACAAGGCGAGAACUUUCACAGUCCCGUAAAACGAAGCAGAACUUUGCUGCCGAUUGACAUCUCACAGUCCUUUAUUGAGGGCCAACAGCUUUCAAAUGAUGCAGGACAACUAGGAAGCUGUGAAAUGUUCAACGCUGGGGAUUCAGGCUUCAGCGAGUUAACGUCUUUAGCCAGCAGCGAGGAUGAAAAUCUCACUAAUGAUUUACCAUCUACCAGCUAUGCUUUGCCAGCCAUUCAAGAUGCUGAUGAUUCAAUGGGCAAUUUGGAGAAAGAUGAUGAUACUUCCUCAGAUAGUGAUGUUUCAGACAUUAGUGGGUUGAGUGACUUGAGCAAUCAUGACUGGGAGCCAUCAUCAGGGACAAUGUCUUGGGUGCAACAACAGAUGCUUCUUGGUACCAAUCCUCGAACCAUCCUGAAUGAGUUGGUACCAAAUGAUGCUCAAAUCCCCACUCAUCUUGAUGAUGUCACACUUUGGAAGAUAAUCGUGAAUAUUGUCAGUGAACCUCCAAGGCGGGAACGUUUACGCCACAUAAAUGCAAUAUCCGAUGCCGUCAGAUUACUCCGUAGCUGUAAAAAGAUUCUAGUUCUUACAGGAGCAGGGGUUUCUGUUUCCUGUGGUAUUCCUGACUUUCGUAGUCGUGACGGAAUUUACGCUCGCUUAGCCGUCGACUUCCCUGACUUGCCCGAUCCUCAAGCUAUGUUUGAUAUCCAUUACUUCCGAAAAGAUCCCCGACCGUUCUUUAAAUUCGCCCGAGACCUUUGGCCAGGACAGUUUACACCUUCUAAAUGCCACAAGUUCAUUCGUUUGCUAGAGAAACAAAACAAGCUUUUGCGCAACUACACGCAGAACAUAGAUACACUAGAACAACAAGCAGAUAUCGAAAGGGUUAUCCAAUGCCAUGGCUCGUUUGCUACUGCUACUUGCCUGCGCUGCCAACAUCGCGUCCCCUCGAACGAGAUAGAAAAAGACAUAAUGGAACAACGCAUUCCACUUUGUCCGAAAUGCUCGGAUGUGUCGAAAAAUGAAGACGAGGCCAGUACAUCGUCGUCGGUGGCAUUAUCGGCCCAGCCGAUCAUGAAGCCUGACAUUGUUUUCUUUGGAGAAGGAAUGCCAGACGAAUUUCAUCGCGCUAUGGUACUCGAUAAAGAAGAAUGUGACCUGAUAAUCGUGAUUGGGUCAUCGCUCAAAGUCCGCCCUGUCGCACUCAUCCCAUGCGCCCUACCGAAUCAUGUUCCGCAAAUUCUUAUCAAUCGCGAACCCCUCCGCCACAUGGUCUUUGAUGUUGAACUGCUUGGGGACUGCGAUAUUAUCGUCAACCAACUGUGUCAUUUACUGGGUACACAAUGGAAAGAUGACAUUUGUUACCGCGAACCUCUAACAGAGAUCAGUCGCCUACCACCACGCCCCACUCCUUCUGUCGCCGUACCUGCACCCAUUUUCCCCAAAAGAGAUCAAGACGAUCCUUUACGCCGGGACAGUGGGAUGUCUACAGGAAGCUUAGAAAUGGAAUCAGCCGAGUCUGCUGAUGUUGAACCAGUUACUCAUGACAUGACCGGAUGGUGGGAGCCGCGAAUCAAAGUGAAUCUUGCCGAUCAACUCCCAGAAAACACUUAUCUCACCGUCCAACCUGGUCGGUACCUGUUUCCUGGUGCUGAACUCUUCUAUGACCCAGACGAAGAGGUAGAGUCUGAUUCUGACUCAUCCUCUGAUUCCAGCGAUUCGUCUGGGAUUGAUGGAGGAGAUUCAACUCUACCUUUCCCGGAGCAUGGAGUAAAAAGGAAAGCGAUGGAUUGACGACGUAUUCCGAAGCAACGACAAAGCUUCUGUUUUUACCAUUGUUAUGUUAACAAUAUGGAUUCUAUUUAAAAGCUUCAAGCGUGUGUAUAUAGACGAAAUCUCUCGAUGGUAUUUAGUAUUUUUUUUCCUGUAUUAUGGAUAAGGGGAAGUGGAAUUUUCAUUUUUCUGUGAAAUCUUGGCAAGCUGUUCUGAAAUGUUCAGUGCAAUCUACCUCACCAAUCUUCAAGAAAUAAUGGCCAUUAUCUAUUGCACCUGCAGAAAGGUGGUCGGCUAUGUCGGGUACCGGGAGAGGGUGAGCAUGAACUAUUGAUUAAAUUUAAAAUUUUCUCCUUAAAUUACUUUGCAACGUUCUACUAAAUGUAUGUAUGUCUUGUCUGUAUUCGCGUUUACACUUGUUCUGUAUCCAUCAAUUUAUUUGAAGCACAAAACAAAUCCCCCACAUAAAAAAAAAAACUUCUCCUUGAACCAAGAAGGGAAAAUAAACCAUGACUUCUUUUUCACUCUGA